AUGGAGUUUCACAAUUCCUCCCCCAAACCCUUAAAUGCAUCAUCACCGUCUGCAACCGGUGUACGAGAACCUAAGCUCCAUCUCCCCACCACCACUGACCCUCCGGGACCGCAGAACCCGCCGAAACCACUCGUAUGGCUGAUCUUUGGUGCGACAGGCCAUAUGGGCCGCUCCCUUGUCAAGACCGCAUUGUCCCGCGAUGACCUUGUCGCAGCUGUGGGGCGUACAUUCGAGAACAGUCCGGAGUGCAUGAAGAAGCUCGAAGAAGAGCACGAUAACUGCCUGGGACUUCUGUGCGAUGUCCGUGCUAGAGAGACCGUCAAACGAGUCAUCGAUCGCACAAUCGAGCGCUUUGGCCGUAUUGACAUCAUUGCUAACUGCGCCGGGUACGGUGUGAUCGGGGCCUGCGAGGAUCAAGACGAAUAUGACAUCCGCGACCAAUUCGAGACAAAUUUCAUGGGGACGCUGAACAUGAUUCAGCUAUCCCUGCCGCAUUUCCGUGAGAGGAGAUCCGGUCGGUACCUAAUCUUCAGCUCAACAUCAGGCGCCUUAGGCGUUCCCGGAUUAGGGCCGUACUGCGCAUCAAAAUACGCCGUCGAAGGAUUGAUGGAAAGUAUGCUGUACGAAGUGGACAAUUUUAACAUUAAGACCACCCUCGUGGAGCCUGGACACAUGCGCCGUGAUGAUAUCGGCGAUCUUGUGUCCGAUACUGCGAUGCUGGCUAGUCAGAAUGACCACGACCUCGCGUCGCCCCUCCCCCUUUACGGUCAUUUUUUGUCAAGCCACCGAGCGAACCGUACAACACGCCCACUGCGCCGGCGGCGCAUGCAAAACGCAUGCUAA